AGAUGCUAAUGUCGCUAAUGUCAAGUUAAUCCCACAUUUACGAUUUUUCUUUUUUAUCAAUCGAUCAGAUUCAGUCAACAUGUGCCACAAGCAGAGCAGCAACAACAUCAACAACAUCAGUCACAACCCAACACAUUGGGACGUUGUAUACUCAGUGAUAAAGAUAAAAUGAUACAACCCGAUGCAUUCCGGGCUGCACCCUAUGACGAAGAAUACAUGGAAAAUCAAUGUUACGAGCGACCGAUCGAGAACGAUAGCUGUUCAUACGAAUUGUAUGCGAACAGUAGCUUCAUUUAUGCGGAAGCAAAAUAUUUGGGUCUAACCCAAAAGGAGUGUCAAUCAUUGUGCUCACAUGAAACGAAAUUCUAUUGCCAAGGCGUGUCAUUCUAUUUUGAGCGCGAUCUGACCAAUUCGGAAUGUCUACUACACUCGGAGGAUAUUAUAUCGAUGGGACCCCGCAGUCUGAAACUAAGAGAGAAGUCUGUCUAUAUGCGGCGUGUCAAGUGUUUAGAUGUACAGGUGCUGUGCACACAAGACGAAAUGGCCAUCAAAUAUACGCCGAAAGAUUGGUUUUAUGGUAAAAUGUAUGCCAGCAUGCAUUCAAAGCAGUGUAUGGUGCAAGGCAACGGCACAAGUAGCACAGUGUUACGUCUACCGAUCGGCACCGAGGUCAAAGAGAAUCGUUGCGGCAUUUUGCGUGCCUACGAAGUCACCAAAGCAUAUCAAAGAAUUUUCAUAUCCGCGUUGAUAGUAAUACAAAAUAAUCGAAACGUGCAAACACAGGGUGAUCGUCUCAUCAAAGUCGGUUGCAUAAUGAGCAAUUCGACGAUGCGCAAGGAUGGGCACACUGAUGGACGCAAUGAUGAGGAUGGUUUGGAGGGUGAAGAUAUACCGAAUGCUAUUGCAUUGGAGUCUUCAUUAGAGUUCGCACAGCACAUGCUACCCAACGAGGGCUCACUGCUAUUCAAUAGCACGGAUGUGCCACUCCUACCGAAAGUCACACUACAAAUUGUCGAUCUGUCGCAUCAACACGAAACGAAUGAUGUGCAAAUUGGACAAAAUCUAGAACUACAAAUCAUUGCUGAAUACUCACCACACCAGCAACAGUUGGUUAACUAUGCACUGCCACCAUUGCCCGACUUUCGCGCGACUUCGCUGAUUGCCAAAACACAGGACAAUCAAAAUUUCGUGCAACUCAUCGAUGAACGUGGCUGCCCCAUUGAUGUCACGGUAUUUCCCGCAUUGGAGCGUAAACACUCAACUACACAAAAUAUGUUAAGAGCACGUUUUCACGCCUUCAAAUUUGCCGGAUCUUCGUUAGUAAACUUUGAUGUGAAUAUACGUUUUUGUAAACAACGCUGCCUCGGAGAUAAUUGUUAUCCAUAUGGUAGUGGCGGUGGUGGUGGUGGUGGUGUUAGCACGAGCACCAGCAAGGAUGACAGCUAUAGCAGCGCUACAGCUAAUCUUGUAAGUUCUGCUACACGAAAACGCCGCCAGAUCCGGCCACCAAUUAGGGAAGAGGAGCCAGAGUCUCCACUCUCGGAUCGUUUUAAGGUUCAAAACCCCGUUUACAUAUCGACGGUGAUGGAUGUACCCCAAGAACAGCUUGAAGAGAUGAAUUUGACGCGUGACUCAAAGACUGACAAUAUGUCGAUGCAAGAUUUGGGCAUACUUCCACUGAACUAUAAUUUACACGUGCGUGGUCCUGAUCAGGUCAGCAGUAAUAGCUUUAUUUAUGGCGAGCGUGGCGUCUUACUGAUUGCGGGCAUUGAUCACAUGCAAUUGGACAACUUUUGCUUGAAUCAAAGCCUUCUCAUCGCUCUACUGAUUUUCUGGCUAAUCUUUCAGGUUGCACUCAUGUUCAGCUGCUGCUAUGUUAUACAGAAAUACAAACGUUUGGCAGUAAUGGAUGAAGAACGCCGAAAGAUCAAAGAGAGCCUAGACUACCUCGAAAGUCGACGCGUACACUGGGCGGACCAAGGUGGUUACACGCUUUGAUAAUAAAUAAAUUCAAAUUUACACUUUUGCUUGUAAAUAAAUCUUGAU